AUGAGCGCGGCGGCAGCGGCUCUCGCGGAGCAGGGAAUCCACGCCGACAGCGACGGGCUGCAUCUCCUUCCUCCUGGGCAGGCCAAGGCGUCGGCGGAGCUGCAGGAGGAGUGCACCGAGUUCCUGAACCGGACGACACAGUUUAGCGCGAUCGUUGCGGAUUUUGUCUCCGUCAUGGAGAGCCGCGCCACGCUCAUCGAGGCGGAGAAGCUCCGUGCCAUAGGGCUCGGCAACCGUGUGGAGGCAGAGCCAGAGACGCGGAAACGCAAGGCACUGGAGAUGCAGGCGCCCCCUGCGAUGAUCAACGAGAAGAAGGCGCAGCUGGACAGGCUGACGGCGCAGUGUGACUCGCUCGCUCGCGUUGACGCCGAGCAAAAGGCGCUCCUAGAGCGGCUGACGAACAACGAAUCGUGA